CUCCCUCCCUCCCUCUCUCCCUCCCUCCCUCCCUCCCUCCCUCCUUCUCUCUUACUCGGAGACAGUCAGAACUCUCCUCCCUGAGAGCCACAAACCUACCGCACUGACUGCAUUCAGAGAGGGAACCUGCAAACAAAACUUCACAGAAAACUUUUUGUUCUUGUUCCAGAGAAUUUGCUGAAGAGGAGGAGGGGGAAAAAAAGAAAGAAAAAAAGAAAAGAAAAGAAAAGAAAGAAAGAACGAAAGAAAGAAAGGGGGAAAAAAAACCCAAACCCAAACCUGUGCGUGAGUGGGGGUAGGAAAAGCAGGGCCUUUUAAAAAGGCAAUCACAACAACUUUUGCUGCCAGGAUGCCCUUGCUUUGGCUGCGAGGAUUUCUGUUGGCGAGUUGCUGGAUUAUAGUGAGGAGUUCCCCCACCCCGGGAUCCGAGGGGCCCGGCGCAGCCCCCGACUGCCCGUCCUGCGCGCUGGCCACCCUGCCAAAGGAUGUACCCAACUCUCAGCCGGAGAUGGUGGAGGCCGUCAAAAAACACAUUUUAAACAUGCUGCACUUGAAGAAGAGACCCGAAGUCACCCAGCCGGUGCCCAAGGCGGCGCUUCUGAACGCGAUCAGGAAGCUCCAUGUGGGCAAAGUGGGGGAGAACGGGUACGUGGAGAUAGAGGAUGACAUCGGCAGGAGGGCAGAAAUGAAUGAACUCAUGGAGCAGACCUCGGAGAUCAUCACGUUCGCGGAGUCAGGCACAGCCAGGAAAACACUGCACUUUGAGAUUUCCAAAGAAGGCAGUGACCUGUCGGUGGUGGAACGCGCAGAAGUCUGGCUCUUCCUCAAAGUCCCCAAGGCCAACAGGACCAGGACCAAAGUCACCAUCCAGCUCUUGCAGAAACAACCCCAGGGCGGCGUGGACGCAGGGGAGGAGGCAGAGGAAAUGGGCUUGAUGGAGGAGAGAAACGAGGUGUUGAUAUCGGAAAAGGUGGUGGAUGCCCGGAAGAGCACGUGGCACAUCUUCCCCGUCUCCAGCAGCAUCCAGCGGUUGCUGGACCAGGGCAAGAGCUCCCUGGACGUUCGGAUUGCCUGUGAGCAGUGCCACGAGACGGGCGCCAGCCUGGUGCUCCUGGGCAAGAAGAAGAAGAAGGAGGAGGAGGGCGAAGGGAAGAAGAAGGACGCAGGAGACGGAGGGGCAGGGGCAGACGAGGACAAGGAGCAGUCCCACAGACCUUUCCUCAUGCUGCAGGCCCGCCAGUCUGAAGACCACCCUCAUCGGCGGCGGAGGCGGGGCUUGGAGUGUGACGGCAAGGUCAACAUCUGCUGUAAGAAACAGUUCUUUGUUAGUUUCAAGGACAUUGGCUGGAAUGACUGGAUCAUCGCUCCCUCCGGCUAUCACGCCAACUACUGCGAGGGUGAGUGCCCAAGCCACAUAGCAGGCACAUCUGGGUCCUCGCUCUCCUUUCACUCGACCGUCAUCAACCACUACCGCAUGCGGGGCCACAGCCCCUUCGCCAACCUCAAGUCGUGCUGUGUGCCCACCAAGCUGAGACCCAUGUCCAUGCUGUACUAUGAUGAUGGGCAGAACAUCAUCAAAAAGGACAUUCAGAACAUGAUAGUGGAGGAGUGUGGGUGCUCAUAGAGCGCCCAGCCCAGGGGGGACGGGAGCCAGAGUUGUCCAGAGAAGACAGUGGCAACAUGAAGAAGUGUUUAAGGUUUCGGAGUUAAACGAGGAGAAAAAAUAUAUAUAGAGAAAUUAAAAAAAAAUAAACUAAAAACAAAACCUGAAACAGAUGAAGGAAGAUGUGGAAAAAUUCCUUAGCCAGGGCUCAGAGAUGAAGCAGUGAACAAGAUGGGAGUUGGGAGGGAAAGGGAGAAAGGCGUGCCCUUCGUUUCUUCCGGUAUCUAUCAAAGUGAUGACAUCCGUUGCUUACACGGGAGUAUCAUCCCCUCCUUUUCAGUCCCCCUUCAGUGUGAGCCUCGAAGUCAACUUGUCUGGUCUGCAGGAAUGUGGGCUAGCACAACCCAAAUAGCAUCUAGAAAGCCAUGAGUUUGAAAGAGCCAGUUACAGGCACUUUCCCAUCCAGUUACCCAGGUUGUAAGGUAUGUCUGUGUGACCCUCUCUCUGUGUAUAUCAGCCCGUGCACACACGCACACAGACACACACACCACAGACACACACACACACACACACACACACACACACACACACACACAGACGCGUUUCCACAUAGCCCAUGCACACACACGUACCGGUAAGAGAACUAUAGUGUGCAGGUGGUACACUUCCUUUUCUGCACCAGUUUUGCAACAAAGCAAAACAGAACAAAAACCAACCUAAAAAAAAAAAAAA